AUGUCCAAUUCAUUCUUCAAUACAUGUCUCCCAUGCCUCACUGGAGGAACCUCAAUGCUCUUAAGAAAGACCACUUGUCUAUCCGAUAAAGUCGGAAUGGCAAACACGGGUGUAGCCGUCCAUAAAUCAUCAAUAGGUCCAGGUAUGGAAUCUACUGCAAUUCACUAUCACCUUUCUAAUACAGAAUGGAUAUAUAUACUCUCCGGCUCAGCCAUCCUUCAACUGGUUGACGCUUCGCUUCCAAUCCUCAAUCCUUUCCAGCCCGCUUCUUCAGGUCCAGAGGACGGAGAGGGAGAGAGGAAAGAACAUCAAGUUGAAGAAGUACCUGUCUCUCAGGGCGACUUCAUCGGUUUUCCUGGCGGGGUAGGCGCAUCAAGAUACGCUCAUGGACUGAAAGCAGGGGAGGAGGGGUGCGAAUAUCUGGUGGGUGGGGAUAGAGGUGGAUCAGGUGUGACGCAUUAUCCUUUAGCAAAUGCCUCGGAUAUUUGGGAAAGAAGUAAAGAUGGGAAAUUCACUGUUGCUUCUGCUCCCAAUGGAUCUCAGUAA